GCGCGCCGCAGUCUCUCAGUCGCAGUGGCACUCGAGAGCGAGAGGGUAGUCACACACUGCCUUCCGUUAAACAAUAUUACAAGCGUACACAUACACACGAGUUACACACAAACGACCGUCAGAGCAGACAUCACGCGCACCUUUUGCUAAGCCGAGUGUAGCGCAGAUUCUGUUCCCAGAGCCCAGACUGUUAUCAUUACACCGUCGCUAUAUUACAACAAUUGCUCAUCGCAGCUCUAGAUAUUAUUAUCCGUUCGAUCGAUAGCCGUCGAGACGUUGGAAGCUCGCCGUUCGAGUUGAAACUAACUCUUGUGCACAGUGUCGAAGCAGCAGCAGCAGCAGCAUCAGCACGUGUCUGUCUUUCGCGCUCUCGCGUCCAACGUGUCCGCCGUGAGAACAAAGAGCAUCGACGACGACGACGACGACGACGACGACGACGUCAGCAGCAAAGAAAGUGUUUUGCUUUUUCGUGGCCGUCAGAGUGUGUCAGUGCGAGUAGAGCGAGCAAGUGCAAGACAGCUGCAUCAGUCGUUUGAGACCUCCAUAUUAUAAACGCAGUCAGCACCACGGCUACCACAGCGUUGAACAUGCCGGCGAGUCUCUUCUCGGAGAUGGAGCGCGCGAGCGGCGGCGCGACGUCGGUGGUCAGCUCGAACCAGGUCGUCUCGAGCAACGGCUCGGCCGGCGGCAGUACCAUCGAGGAGCAGCGCGCCCUCCAGCUGGCCUUCGAGCUCUCGAUGCUCGGACUCGACCAGGGCAGCGCGAACGGUGGCGUCAACGGGGUCAACGGCAGCGUGGGCGGACCCGCUGCCGGCGUAGGAGUCGGCAGCAUCGGCCAGGACUCGGACCCGCUGCAGCAGACACCCAGCAGCGUGUUCGAAGAGGCCAGAUCGAAGAAGAGCCAGAACAUGACCGAGUGCGUGCCGGUGCCCAGCAGCGAGCACGUGGCCGAGAUCGUCGGACGACAAGGCUGCAAGAUAAAGGCGCUCCGCGCCAAGACCAACACCUACAUCAAGACCCCGGUCCGGGGCGAGGAGCCCGUGUUCGUGGUGACCGGUCGCAAGGAGGACGUGGCCCGCGCCAAGCGCGAGAUUCUCUCGGCCGCCGAGCACUUCUCCCAGAUCCGCGCCUCCCGCAAGUCAUCCCUCGGCGCUCUGCUCGGAGCACCGCCCGGACCGCCCGCUUCGGUGCCCGGACACAUCACCAUCCAGGUGCGCGUGCCCUACCGCGUGGUCGGCCUCGUGGUCGGCCCCAAGGGCGCCACCAUCAAGCGCAUCCAGCACCAGACGCACACCUACAUCGUCACGCCCAGCCGCGACAAGGAGCCCGUCUUCGAGGUCACCGGACUCCCCGAGAGCGUGGCGGCUGCCCGCACCGAGAUCCAGGCGCACAUCACCCAGCGCACCGGCGUCCUGCCGCUCUGCAUGCACGAGGAGAAGGACUUGCUCGAGGUGCUCUGCCGCGGCGGACUCGGCUCCAUCCUCGGCUGCCUCGACCCGCCCGGCGGCGCCAAGGGCAGCAACGGAAGCAGCGGAGCCUUCUCCUCCAGCGGAAGCUGCAGCAGCUCGUCGUCCAGCACCGGAGCACCCGGACUGAACGACCUCGUGGCCAUCUGGGGCGCCGGCAUGGAGCGCGACGAGGGAAUCGGCGAGUCGCCCAGCUUCGAGUCGCAGACCGCCUCGGCCUCGUCCAUCUGGUCCUUUCCCGGCGUAGCGCUACCAUCGAGACCCUCGCCACCCGCCUCUGCAUCGCCGGCUUCGCCCACGGACUCGCUUCUCGGAACCGGGAGCGGCAACGGCAGCACCGGAGUCAGGGAGUGCGUCGUCUGCGGCGACAAGGACGUCACGACCGCGCUGGUGCCCUGCGGACACAAGCACUUCUGCCUCGAGUGCGGACAUCGCAUCUGCAUGAGCAGCGAGCCCACGUGCCCCGUCUGCUCGAAGCCCGUGCUCCAGGCUCUGCGCAUCAUCAUCUAAGACGGAGGCCAGGGCCGCGAGGUGCUGCUGCUCAAGGAGAGAUCGACUUACCAUGCAUCAUGAGAGAUCAACACACCCACGACACACACUCACACAACACAUCCACGACACAUCCUUUUCGACUGAUAUUCAAUAAUGUUCGUACGACGCGGUUUUUAUACUUUGAUGAGGAGGGCGCUGUGUUUGCUGGGCCACACAAGACAGGCCGAGAGGAUGCUUUUACCCUUGGUUCAUGCCGUACGACUACGAUUAGUCAAGUUUCGUAUUGUGAUUCUGAUUCUGAUGAUGAUGAUGAGAUGACCACACUGGAUCUUUCGUUCCGCGGACGACAAAGACACGAGCACACCACCACUACACACGAGCGAGAACUACACAUUGGGCGAGAAAGAGGAGGACGACAGGAGACAUGCCCCCAGUGAUGAUGAUGACGACGAUCCUGCUGCAGGAGGAGGAAGAGAGAAUGGAAAAGUGUGUUUUUCUUUUUCGUUUGGUUUUCCUUUUCUUUUUCCACGCGGUACCUCGGACGCACGCGACGAUCGAAGCUGAGAUCGCGCCACGAGAAGACGGUACCGGCGACAACGAGAGCGACAUCACAUCACAUCGACGCCCCUUCCCUUCGAGACUGCUGCUACGAUGGCUGCACACCCACGUUCACACUGACACACUCACGUAUCCACACAGCGGACUGCGAGAGGAGAGGAGCGAUUCUUCGACUACACAUGUGUGGUGAGAGGGAGGGAGUCUAGAGAGAAGAGGACGCGCACAACUUUUCGAUUCCACUGCUGCUGCUGCCAAUAUUAUACUACUUGUAGUUUUUAACAAUAUGCGAACACGUAUGUCUCUACUCUGCGAGAGUCGAAACAAAAUAACAAUAUACCCGAUAGAGAGAUUGUGGGAGGGAACAGGCGAAUGCCCGCGCGGGAAUUCCGUUUUCCGUACGAUCAUUAUUAAUAGUCGAGUUGCGUUAAAUUUCGCUAGAGAGAAAGAGAGGAGAAUUCUCGGGAGUCGCGUGGCGCUCGCCUGUUCCCGCCAACCGGAUAUACAACGAAUCGAUUUUAAAAUGAACACUUUAAGGAGGCGCGAGGAGGAAUUUAAAAAGUUUAAAGGACAUAAAAUAAACGUAAAAUAGUAGGGACGUAAUUAACGAACAGGAAUAUGAGAUGUAUUAAACGAGUAGAGACAGAGUUUAGUAGGAGAGCGAGGAAGCUUCGUGUUUUGUUGUUAUUUUUGUUUGAUAAUUUUUUUUCUUUGUUUAAUAUAUAAAUAUAUAUUGCGAGCGGCGCGAUUAUUAUGUGUAAAGACAGAGUAAACUAGAAUUGCGCACUGUAGUUAUAAACGUGCGCAAGAGCGUCGACGACCACUACUAUUCUCUCGUUUUUUUAACGGUCUCUUUCUCGCAAGAGUGAAUCCGGUCGCGACGAAGAGACUCGCGCUCGCGCGCUCUGUAAGAUAGCGCGACUUCUUCGAAAGGUAUUAUAUAGAUAUAUAAAAAAAAAACAAAUAUAUUUAUGUAUAUUAUUCGGCAUAAUACGGCAAGUGCGAGAGGCGACUCCAGGAGGAUGGAGAGAAAUUUUUUUAUUGAUGAAAAAAAAAUUGCGCGUUUCUUAUACGAAUUGUGAUAUUAUCCGAUAUCCAAAAUUGAUUCCUAGAUAAAAGACAAAGAUUGAGUAUACAAUGAGAAUAAAAAAACGUUAAUAUAAAAGAAAAAGCGAGUGAUGAGAUGCGCGAGUGAAAAAAUGAGUAUAUUUGCGUGAUGAUAAGGCGAACCGUCGACGGUCGCCGUAUAAUUUCUCUUUGCUCCUAGUCGUUUUUUGCACUUAUAAAAAAAAGAAUAAGCAACCAGCAUACAAGAACAAAUAACGGUAUAACGAAUUGUGAAAAAUCUUUAUAAAGAGAACUCGCGCGCCGACGCGCGAUUGCGAUAAUUACGAUAAUGAUGAUGAGCGAAAAACGGUGGUCGUCGAACCCUGAGGUCAGAGGUUCUGCGCCGAGGCGCCAUAAUAGCUAAGAGAGAGAGAGAGAGAGAGAGAGAGAACGUAUACAUGCAUGUUGAGAGCUAUAGAGAAGCGACACACAGAGAGCCGAAAAAGGCGAGAAAAACCAGGGAUAUAUGCAUGAGGUAGAGAAAAUACGAUGUAGGCAAGUCAGCAGAGAGGUGUAGUGGAGGGGAAUAUAGAAUACCGUGCGCUCGUCCGCGUGCUACCAAACGCGCGUGCGCGUGAAUUUGAGGGGAAGGUUUCGAAAACAAAAAAAAAGGUGAGAAAAGGAAAAACGUUAAACAGAAUUCAAAGAGCGCACUACUCCUUCCACCCGUCAUCCCUCGCUUAGAGUAUUAUCUUAUCUUUAUAUAAGCGACAGAGCAAUUGAAAUAAUAAUAACGAUAAUAUAUAUUAUAUAUACAAAAUAUAAACAUAAAAAAAUAUAUUAUAUAUAUAUAUGACGAUGAUAUUUUACCGAGGAGAUUUAGAUUUUGUAUUUUCGCGCGUUCGCCGACGGGACGACGGGCGGAAAAGCCGGCUGCUCUCUCGAAUCAGCGCUCUUUUGAAGCCAUACGGUGUGUUGUGCAGGAACCACGCGCUCUUCCCGCUCUUUUUGCUUCUUUUCGGACGCUCGGGUCGGUGCGGGGACCGAAACCGAGAAAAAUAAAAAUGACGAGCAAUUCGCGAUACAGUAUUGGAAGCUAAUCCCCACUCGGUCCCCAGCGAUCCGACCUCGGUGUCACUGGGCUUUCCAUGUAAAUGUAAUAAUAAUAAUGAUACAAAUGAAAUACAAAGAGUAUAUUUUACCCUCUCGGGCGUGAUCGGCCUCGCGCGCAGAAAAAGUUAUAGAGAAAGCGAGGAUCCGAGGACGCCCGGGAGACGGGGGAGAAAAGCGAGGAAGCGCGCGUCGUCUCGUGGUCGUUGUGCGGAAGAAGGAGGGUAGGAGAGAGUGGUAUACACGGUGGCACGCGGAGCGCCCACAUUCUGUGUAUUAUCGAGGGAACUUAGUAAUAAUCGAGUAAUAAUUAAUUUUUAAAUGGAGAGAAAGGAAGAGGUAUCGACCGCGUGACCCACGUGUAAACCAGGGAGAAAGAAAGGAAAAACCCGCGUGCGCGACAGACACACAGAAACACACGUAAUACACACACACACACACACACACACACAUACACUCAACAAUAUAAAUAUUAUACGCGUCUAAGUCGUAACGUCGUCGUCGUCAUCGUAUUUUUAAGGCUUUUUUCCUCAAAAUGACGUAUGAUAUUUUUGUAAUUUAUUUUAUUUUUAUAUAUAUUAUAGAGAAAGAGAGAAAGUAAGCGAGAGAGAAAGAGCGCGAAAGUGAAUUAAGAACGAAAAACACAGAGAGUAAAAAUGGCGAAAAUAAGGCAUUUUUCCCAGCAACGUCGUCGCCGAUUGUCCGCCCAUACGCGGACACGGUAGACACGCGCGUUUAUUUAUAUCCUCGUAUUGAUUAUAUAUUUGUUGUAGUUUUUGUCGUUCAAAUUUUUAUCGUCUAUCCAAAAGAACUUUAAAGGGGGUCGGACACCGGCCCGCUCUUGACAUCAGACUUUGGUUUCUUUUCUUUCCUCUGUUAUAUAGUUCGUCUGUAACUUUUCAUUAUAGUUGUUUUUUUCUCCUAGUUUGACUUUUUUGCUUCGUUUCACGAGAAAUUUUCGAUGUACACAUACGGGAAUGGAAGUAGGGCGAUGGAGGAUAAUCGUAUAGAAGUCGCGUAGCGCAGUAUUUUUAAACGUUCGUUUCGGUCUCGUGUUGCCAUUUUUUACGAGCUUACGAUCUCUUUGCGUUUCAUCGAUGAGCUGACGAUUAUUAUUACGGAACGAAACAUGCUCAAAAAUUCACACAGCUGGCUUCCUGCUCGCGUCGCGCGUUCGUUCACGCGUUGCUCAGACUUCGGAGAAGUGCGUUGUUGUUUUUACUAUCGAUUGACUUUUAAGCAUGUAUUAUACUUUUACUGUUGUUUUUUUAGCGUUCUAAAAAACAGUCAAUACAUAUAUUUAUUUACAUUAGUACUUUCAAAUCCUUUAACUUUGUUGACUAAAAGUUUUUUAAAAUUUUUAUUCGCAUGUUCGAAGUUUGAGCAACGUCGCGAACCAGCGCGCGCCGCCCGCGGGCGAGAAGGUUACUAAAACGCGCCGCGUCCCACUAUUUAAAGAACGAUACACUGCAUUAUAUAUUAUAUAUUUAAGAGAAGCAAACGAUUUUUCGAUAGACGUAUAAGGGAGUAAAAGGAAAAAAGCUUAUGAAAUGAAUGAGAGAACAAAAAAAAAUAAGAUGUUUAUUAUAUUUAAGUUCGAGGCAAAAUGAAUUCUAUAUUUUUUCUAUGUUAAGUAUAAUAAAAAAAGAGAAUUAAGGGAUAAAUACAAGAUGAAAAUGUGAAAAAAUGUGAAAAACGGUGAUGACAUACAUAUAUAUUAUAUAUUUAUAGGUAUUCUCUUUAGCAUCAACGUUCCGACUUAAACCAAGUAAAAAAAAUGAUAAAAAAUUUAAAUAAUUAUUAAAGUAAAAUAAUUUAAGAUAUAGAGGGCGGCCCGCGCAAUAAAGGGCGGAUAAUUAUAUUAUAUACAUAUAUAUGUAGAUCAUGCAGGAUUACGUCAUUCACUUCAAUAAAUAAGUCUGAUCGAAAGUCGCGGCGAGGUGUAUAGUUCUUAAAGGAAAAAAGAGAAGAAAAAAUAAAUAACGUAUUGCAACGCGUGGGUGUGUUAUUGUUAGGUGUGUGGACGAAAAACUUUUUCCUUCGGGCCGUGUAUUCGGGCGCGCCGGGAGAACAUGGCUGUACGGAGAUUUUCGAGUCUAAGGCGGAGGAGCAGCAGAAAGUUUUUAAGCCACGCAAAGGACGAUCAAGUUUAAAGGAAAAAAAGAAUUCUCAAUAUGUAGAUAUAUAAGAUAUUAAUAAUAUAAUAUAUAUUAAACGAGACUAAGACACACGAGAGAUAGUCGUAACGUAAAAAGAGACAAAGCGAGGUGACAGAGAAAAUAACGCUGAUAAUCUAUUAUUCUGUGGUGAAAACUGAGAGCUCGAGAGUUUUUACGUGUAUAAACAAGAAUAAUCUAAAAUGAAAACGAUAAAUAGUAAAGAGACGAUGUACUGAGAGUAAUAAAAAAAAAAACGGAUAACAUUUAUUAACAAAAAAAGAAGUAACACAGAAUAUUAAGACAGUCUUAGGGGCGGUUGCCGGCAGACUCGGUUGUUGCGUCGUCUUCUUUGAGUUCUCCCAUCUACACAGCGUCUCCAUUUCUUUCUUCAUGUGUGUCCGUGCUUAUUGAGUGUGUAUCCAUUAUCAUGUCAAAGGAACGUAAAAACAGAGAUAGAGAGGAAAUGGGAAAGUAUAGAAUCCAGGCGCGCGACUCACGACACCAAUCAGUAGUGCGAGUCAGGCUUCGGUCAGACGCGGGCGCGAGGAGGAGAGGCGCGCGCGAAUCUCCGCUAGACUUUAACUUUGGCCGAGGUUCCGAGCUUCCUUUGAUCGUUCGUCCGUUCGGGGGACGUCGGGUUCGCUGUUUUCGAUUGAACAAUCAUUCUUCGAAUCUCGAUUCGACGUCGCCCCGAACAGUCGCACGCGUGUCGCGUCCAGUGAGCCAGGGCGAGAAAUCGGAAAGGCCCAAGUAGUAAUUCGCAAGCACAUAACCAAUCAAUUAUGCCUUUCGAGCUUCUCGCGAUUUUCCGUUUUUUCGACCUGCCACGUUAAAUUCUUGUCAGUGAUGCGGAAUUUCGAUCAACUCACGCGGACACUCAGCUCUUCAUCUUUUCAUCAUGCGUUCAUUCAUUCGUUCAGCCAUUCGUCGGAGUAAAAGUAUUUGAAUCUACACGAGUAAUAAGGGUUUUACUACUGAUAAUCUCUAAACGUAAAAGUAAAGGUAAAAUGACGUAAACGAUAGUCCUAACAUAUUUAAGAGGUUUAAAAAUGAAGGGUGAAGCGUUUAUUGAAUAUAAUUAAUAGCCAUUGGCUGUGACCGAUAACUGCCAUUUUCGUAUAAAAAAAUGAAAGAAAAAAAACAAGUCUUUAAAAAAAAAGAUAACCAAAAAAUAAACGUAAUCGUGAUUUAAACGAUGUACGCGGUUAGAGAGAACGACCCGAGUGGAAAGACGUUUUACGAAAAAGAGAGAAAGAAAUGAAACAAGAGAUGCAACGGACACACGAGAGGCGCGGGCGACGAGUUACUGCGCGCGAGGCAGACGUACGCGAAAAUUUCGUGAACGAAGCGAAAGCAAAACGUAGUAAAAAAUAAAAUAAAAUAAAAAAACAAGGGAGUCAAGGCCAGUUUUUCCGAUCGUGCGCACAUUAUUCGGCUUUAUGGGGAUAACAUAACGUACAUGUACGCGAAUUACUAGAGGAUGGAAUGCGUGUGCGUGAGAUAUGUAUAUGAUAUAUACAAGUGUGAAAAAGAGCGAGCAGGUGUUCGACCCUCCCAGUAACAUAUAGAUGUAGAUAUAUAUUUAUCCAGCCAACUCGAGCAAAGAGAUUUUUCAGAAUUUUUCUUAUUUUAUUUUUAUUUCUAGUUUUUCUUUUUGUAGAAUUUUUGUAAUAAAUAUAUAGUUGACAGAGAGAAUGAUCGUAAGAGAAAGAGAGAAAAAAGCUAGAAGAUUCGGGUGUCCCUCUUAAGUGCGAAGAGACGCGCGAGUACGAGAGCAUUUUAUAAUUAUUAUCAUAGGCAGUAUAUGCGCGCGAGAGUGAAAAAAAUGGAUUAAAAAAAAACAUGACGAUACAUAUCUCAAAGAAUAAUAACUAAACGUAAGAGAAUUAUUAGAGAUUUAACUAUAGAGAGGUGAACGAGAAUAAUCGUGUGAAUGGAUAAUAAGACAGAGAGAUUAACUCUGUACGCAUAGGCUUAAAGAAAUAAUAAAUAGACGUGAAAAACGAGAGAGAGUAAAAAAGAGAGAGGAAUAGAUAUGAUUGUUGCUUAAUUUAAUCUGUAUUUACUAUGUUAAAUUUAAAUUCUAUUGAAUAGGUAUAUAUUAUUUUAUAGUGAAUGUGGUUAACGACUCUUAUUAUUUUAUAGCUUGUGGUUAUGACGAUUAUUAUUAUCAUUAUACAUGAUUAUUAUUAAUAUUAUUAGAAACUGUAUUUAAAUGAAAAGUAAACAGACAAUGCAUAGAGAAAGAGCAAAAAGAGUGAAAGGGAGAUAUUAACUCGAUAGAAACCCUCUGCUUUUGUAUAUCUAGUGAAUGCGGAUAUUAGCGCUCUGGCGAAGAGAGAGAGAGAGAGAGAGAGAGAGAGAGAGAGAGAGAGAGAGAGAGAGACAGAGAUGAGACGACGUUUGUGAAUUUUUUCGCUGGCCUCGAUCGACGUUCCUUUAUUAGUUCUUCAUCUUAUUAUUAUUUUUUUACAUAGAUUUUACGACUCUGCUUGCGUAUCAAAAAUUUUACAUUGUAAAACCAUGCCUCGUUUUUAAGUUCUUUCUGUUGUUUGUGCGUUUAUUUUUUCACCCCUAUCUAACAAUAUACACACAUUGAAUGAUUAUAUAUAUAUAUAUAUAUAUAUAUAUAUAUAUAUAUAUGUAUGACUAUUCAACAAAGAGACAAACAUUGAAGAGCCCAUUGACACACAAUACACAUACGAUAUAUACAUAUAUGCGUUUGUACUUGAUGAUUUAUAUUAUUUUUGUAACCGACUUUGCUUAGAUGCGAAUGUUUCUCCUCUAUCGUUGGAUACUAGUUUUUAAUGGCUAUCACUACUAUUAAUUAUUAUUAUUUUUUGUUUCUUACUUAUUAUUAUUAUUAUUAUAUAAUGCUAUGAAACGCACGUCGACUUGGUCGCGAGAUCCAGGGAUGUAUCGCCCAAAUAUCCGCCUAUAGUGAGAUGUAAAUCGAAAAGUAUCGAGAGAGAAAGACGAUUUAUCCUUAUUUUUACGAAACCUUGUUUAUUAAUAUAUAAUUAAUGAUUAUUACAUUA